CGUAGUGGUCGAUUUUUGCAGCCUCUAUUUUCUUUGCCCGGAACAGCCGAAUUUUUCGCUGCAAGAGCUGUGCAUACUGGAAAGAUUGUGCAUCUGGUGCAGGUGUAACCGCUAAAGUAGUCGCAUCAUCGCAAGUUUAUCGAGAACUUUCCAGUAACGCGACUCGACACUCCCCCAUCGCGACGGAAUCGGUGUGUGCGCUGCCGCAGCCUCUCGUGAGAAGUUGAAUUUUGAUAUACAGGCAGAACUAUCGCAUAACGCAUCGUCAUCAUGGAUGAGGAAUACGACGCGAUCGUGCUCGGCACGGGUCUGAAGGAGUGCAUCCUGAGUGGAAUGUUGUCCGUGUCUGGCAAGAAAGUGCUGCAUAUCGACCGCAAUAAGUAUUACGGCGGCGAGUCCGCCUCGAUUACGCCCCUCGAGGAUCUGUUCUCGCGAUUUGCCGUCGAGCUGCCGGAAGGAAAGUAUGGCCGCGGUCGAGAUUGGAACGUGGAUCUGAUCCCCAAAUUCCUUAUGGCCAACGGGUUGCUAGUGAAACUGCUCAUACACACGGGUGUGACCCGCUACUUGGAAUUCAAGUCGGUCGAAGGUAGCUACGUAUACAAGGGUGGAAAAAUCUCCAAAGUUCCGGUCGACCAAAAGGAAGCUCUGGCGUCGGAUUUGAUGGGACUGUUCGAGAAGCGGCGCUUCCGCAACUUCCUCAUCUAUGUGCAGGACUUUGUCGCCGACGAUCCGAAGACGUGGAAAGAUUUCGAUCCGGCGAGCAAGGACAUGCAGGCACUGUACGAGAAGUUUGGGCUAGAGAAGAGCACCCAAGAUUUCACCGGUCACGCUCUCGCGUUGUACCGGGAUGAUUCGUAUCUGACCGAACCAGCCAUCAAAACGAUCAAUCGCAUCAAGCUGUACUCGGAUUCGUUGGCCCGUUACGGCAAGUCGCCGUAUCUCUACCCAAUGUAUGGACUGGGAGAGCUGCCGCAGGGCUUUGCCCGGCUUUCGGCUAUAUACGGCGGCACGUACAUGCUGGACAAGCCGAUCGAUGAGAUCGUAUACGACGCCAACGGUAAGGUCGUCGGGGUUCGUUCCGGCGAGGAGGUCGCCAAAUGCAAACAGGUCUACUGUGACCCCACCUAUGUACCGAGCAAGGUACGCAUCACGGGAAAAGUAAUCCGGUGCAUUUGCUUGCUGGAUCAUCCGAUCCCGAACACGAAGGAUGCGCUUUCGACGCAGAUCAUCAUUCCACAGAUGCAGGUCGACCGCAAGUCGGACAUUUACGUAUCGCUCAUCAGCUCGACGCACCAGGUGUCGGCCAAGGGCUGGUUCAUCGCCAUGGUGUCCACCACGGUCGAGACCGCUAAUCCGGAGGCGGAGAUCAAGCCCGGUCUCGAUCUGCUGGGAUCGAUCGCACAAAAGUUCACGUCCAUCACGGACUACUACGAACCGACCGACGAUGGUCUGCAAUCGCAGGUGUUCAUCUCGCAGUCGUACGACGCUACAACACACUUCGAGACGACCUGCUUGGAUGUGUUGGACAUCUUCAAGCGUGGCACUGGAGAGGACUUUGACUUUUCCAAAAUCAAGCAGGAGCUUGGCGAUGAGGAGCAGUAAAGCUGCCUUUGCAAAAUGCAGUCUGCAAUGCAUCAGUGAGAAGCAGUGUGAACAGAAAUAGGAAGGGAGAGUAAAGGAAAAGGGCAGAUAGAAAUUGCGACUACUCUGGAGAUAAUUCGGUUCCAAUCCGAAGUUAAAUAAUGAAAGAAGGGCGCACGCUGAUGGAGCAAACAUCGUGUCAUCAGUUAUCAAUCAUUAUUCCAUUAGAGCUUUUUAUAAUCUUUUUUUUUUGUUAAACUAUGCUUCGAACCAUCAUGAACUAUUCGCUGAAGCUGCUUGCAGCAGCGCGGGAGAGCGCAGCGCGACAAUUCCGUGUUGGAUGUAUGCGGAGACGCGGAAAAUCAUUUACCUUAACUCGUUUGCGUUCCUCAAAAUGACUCUAAAUGUGUUUCCCUGUAUCCCCCCUCUCCCUCCAAAAAAUUUCUACGUGAACCGUGUUCGCAUAUGGCAAUUUGUAUGGUAUAUGGGAUUCGCAAUGAAAUGAUUUAUCCUUGCGAGAGAUCGCGUCUGCGUGUCGACAUUCGUGGAGAUGGCCACAUUCUAGUAGACUUGUUCGGAAGCAUGAAUAAUACGCUAUUAUACAAUAUCUCUUAUAAUGAAUGAAGAAUAAUCAAUAACAAAUCAGCCAAAAAGUAUGAAAAACAAACAAAUCUUGUCAUUCGCGGGUUUCCGCCAACGCACUCGUUUGCUUUUGGGUACAGAAACACAGGCUAGAAAGAAAAGAAAUACACGUAACGAGCACAUCGAAUCCACAUGAACAAUAGUAUGCCAGGGUGCGGAGGAGUAAUUGAGAACAAAUAUUGACUUGCGGAUGCGCGCCCGCCUUUCCGUCUAAUCUUUAUUUCUUAGUUCCAUCUCUAUCGUGUAAAACAGUAAGAUUGUAUGGAUCGUCUCCACCUUUACGAUGGUUUAAGCGUUUGAAGAGAUUGUCUAUUAGUCAUAAAUGCUGCUUUGAGCAAUCCUUAGGAUGUGUGGAUGUCUGAAACGAAAAACUCACACGCUUUUGUUUUUCCAUCGAAAGCUUCUCGAAAAAAAAAAACGGUAUAAAGAAAGGAAACUUGUACUCAGCGCUAUAUAGUUGAUCAAAGUCGUAAGAUAGUUGCUUAAGAGUCAAUCACGAAGACAAAAAUGCAUUGCAAAUGAAUGGAAACCCCAAAAUCGUUUUCAUUGUGUUGAUCAGAUUUGAGAUUGAGAUGAACAAAUAUUCCAAACUGUUGCUAAACGUAUUAAGGUGCGGAUGUGUGUAACAACGAGUAGCAAACAAUAGAUGUUAUUAGGACGAAGCUGUAUGGCCACAUCAAUCUUACGCGUCACUCAUGCAAACACCUGUGCGCUCAAACCACAAUGUGAACAAUGAAAGCUUUUAUAAGAAGGUGUUAUCUAGCGUUUUGCAAACAAUAUCUAGUUUUGGCGUCUUGGAUCGUCCGGGUGGUCGUAACUGUUUAGGCAGCAAGCAGGAGAGCUCGGAUAUAGUUGUAGCGGACAAACAUCGUUGGACUUAACCAGGAUCGGUCCACCCGUCGUAACAAAGAUCCCGAAAGCUGCACACAACCUUAACGGUGAAGACAAAUUUUUGGCUAAAUAAACCGACCGGUCAUACCUAUAGAGUGAAUACAGAAUUUCCGUAAUGCUUAUACUGCACGGCAAGGUGAACAUUUGGCGGUAUAGAAAUAAAUUACGUAUCAUUGAUGGAUUGAAUUCUUUCCCUCUUUAACUGCCAUUUUAUCUCUUUGUUUGUUAUAUCGUGUGAUAGUUCGCGAAUAUGCUCAUUAUGAAUUGUCCGCUCCUAACUGCUGUGCUGGUGCUGUAAGGAAAUUAUCUCUAUCUCGCUCUUAAAUUAUCUAUACACUCGAAAUUCCCAAGGACUUAUAGUAGAGUCGGAAGUUCUAUAAUUCCAAUAUAGUAUUUUUUUCUUGCUAUAAGGCCACCAUUAAUAUAUCGUUUGCAUAGUAACGUGUAAAUCGUUUGCUUCGCAUGUGUAAAGACUUUCCGCAUUGAUUUCGUAUAUUCUCAUAAUUGAGUUGCGAUCACGUGCGGCGUAUGUUAUUUUGUUUAUUGAUAUCGUUUGCAAAGGUGCUCGAUGCCAGUUGUGCUAAUGAGGUUUGGUUUUUUGGCAAAAUUAAGAAAUAAAACUAUGGAGAAAUAAACAGUGUA